GGGUCAGAGGGUUUUAAAACGGCCCAAAAUGAUUUUAACCGGAAGUUACCGAGUUCAAUAACCGGUAAAAGAGUCAAAACUCCAAAAACUCUGCCUCUUUCAGAUUCACUUACUCUUCGUCUUCCUCUUCUUACAGAAACUGUUAGAUCUUUCCAUAACCGAUCACUCACUUCUAACUCCACUUCGAAAUCUCCGUCUUAAAAUGAUUGGUUAUACUCCUUCUCAGUUUCACUUCCACUACCUCCUAAUGCAUCUCUCCCUCGUCAUCACCGUCACUACUGCGCAGUUCAAUGGACAGGCGUCAGAGACGGAUCUCUGGUGCGUGGCGAAGAACAACGCAGAAGAUUCGGCUCUUCAAGCAGCAAUCGACUGGGCUUGUGGUCCCGGUGGCACCGACUGCGCCGGGAUCCAGCAAGGUGGGCCUUGCUACGAUCCGUCAGAUAUAGUGAAAACGGCGUCGUAUGUUUUUAAUAACUAUUACCUGAAGAAUGGUCCGGAAGAUGAAGCUUGCAACUUUAGUAACAGUGCAGCUGUUACUUCCCUUAAUCCUAGUCAAGGAACAUGCAAACUCCCUUCAAGUAAGAGGGUGAGUAAUGGAAAUAUAGUGGAUGCUGCUACCACUUCAACGCAGGGAACAACUGCACAAGAAUCCUCAGAUUUUAACCGAGCGGGACGGAUCUUCAGCAGCAUCUGGUCGUUGCCUUUCAUCAUUCUAGGCCUUGUUAUGAUCAAUCAUCACUUUUAGCAACCACAUCGUUGUUGAAUUGAAGCUAACCCUUUUUAGUAUCACGAUGUAUCUUUUUACUAGCAUAUAAAUAUUGUUCCAUUACACAAAAAAUAUCCACACAGAGAAAAAAAACAGAGUUUCAAGGCCUACAGUGUAUAAAAUUAAAAUUUAUCGACGUAUGUAUGAGUUAUAUGCAUUA